AACAAUGCCGAAAGUAAAUACGAUACUUAAUUAUUUCACGUCUCCGAAAACUGUCAAGAAGCCGGAGGCGAAAAAGGAGGUUGAAAAUUCGCCGAAGACGCCGAAGACGUCGAAGACGGAACAAAGAAGAAGAGUGCUGAUUGGAAGUAAUGGAAAAGAAAAUAAAAAAACUAACGAUAAAAAAAGAUUGCAUAAAAAUAAUGACGACACGGAAGAAAAUGAUGAGCCUGUAAAAACUAAAAGAAGGCGCAUUGUUGUUUUUGAUGAUGAUUCUGAUGAAGACUACAAGCCAGAUGUUAAGGAAUCUGAAUCAGUUUCUGAAGAAGAUGAGGGUGAACCCUCUUCAGAAAUGGAAGAGGAAACACCAGAGAAAAAGCCACCCAAGGCUAGAUCUAAGGCAAAAGCAAAUCAUUCAUCUAAACCAGAUAAAAAAGAAUCAAAACAGUCUGUUCAAAGUCAAACUAUGAGCAAUGGACUUGCUACUGCGCACGUUUGGCCUCACUUGAAAAUAGAUUUUCUGCAACCAGAGAAAAUAAAGGAUAAACAAAAGACCAUAAAUCAUCCAGAUUAUGAUCCUGGAACGCUUUAUGUACCAACUGAUUUUUUAAACAAUCAAACUCCUGCAAUGAGGCAGUGGUGGGAACUGAAAAGUGAGCACUUUAACAGUGUACUUUUCUUCAAAGUUGGCAAAUUCUAUGAGUUGUACCAUAUGGACGCAGUUAUAGGUGUUACUGAGCUUAGUCUCACAUAUAUGCGAGGUGAAUUUGCGCACUCUGGAUUUCCCGAAAUUGGUUACGGUCGUUAUUCGUCGAGUCUGAUAGAAAGAGGCUACAAAGUUGCGCGAGUCGAGCAAACCGAAAACCCGGAGAUGAUGGCAGCACGCUGCAGCAAAAUGAGCAGACCAACAAAGUUCGACAAAGUUGUAAAGCGAGAAAUUUGUCAAAUCAGUACAAGAGGCACUAGAGUGUAUACUCCGUUAGAUGUUGAACCGUCUACACCUAAUUCCAAUUAUCUGUUAUCCUUAGUAGAGAAACGCAAUCCUGGUUCGAACUCUAGCUCCUUCGGAGUAUGCUUUAUAGACACAACAAUAGGCGAAUUCAAUCUCAGUCAAUUUGACGAUGACUAUUGCAAUUCCAGAUUGUUGACUUUGCUGGCUCAUUAUCCACCGAUUCAUGUAAUAUACGAACGUGGUAAUCUACUGCGAAAGACUUUGCAGCUUAUUAAUAAUAUUCUACCAGCAGCGUUAAAAGAAUCACUACAGCGUGAAGCUCAAUUUUGGUCUGCUACAACUGCAUUAAAAAAUCUUCAUGAAGGCGAUUAUUUCAAGAAAGAGAAAGAUUCCAACUUUGCAUGGCCUGAAGGUUUAAAAUCAUAUCUCAAUGAAGGAGAUAGCUUGGGUUUGACACCAGCCGAUAACAAAGAAUUAGCAGUUCACGCACUAGGAGGAUGGGUAUUUAUAAAAGGAUAUCUGCUCGAACAGCAACUAUUGGCACAAGGUUGUUUCAAUACUUACAUUCCGCCGGAUUUUUCAGCUGCAAACAAUCGCGCAGGUCUCAAUUAUACAAACACAAUGGUGAUAGAUGCUGUUACAAUAAAAAAUUUAAGAAUUUUCGGAGAAAAUUCGCUAAAUAUUUUGGAUCACUGCUGCACUGCAUUUGGCAAAAGAUUGUUACGUGAAUGGAUCUGUAGGCCAUCUUGUCGCAAAAAUAUUAUAAUGGAACGUCAGGAAGCUGUGCAGGAAUUGGUAGAUCGAGUGGACGUGAUACAAUCAGCUCGCUCAAUUUUGUCAACUCUGCCAGAUCUUGAAAGAUUGUUAAGCAAAAUACACGCUCAGGGAAAUGCAGCUAGAAUGAAAAAUCAUCCUGAUGGCAGAGCCAUAAUGUUUGAAGGCCCAAUAUAUUCGAAAAGAAUAAUUGUAGAAUUUACCACAACACUUGCUAAAUUUGAAGAAGUUUUGAAAUUUGUUGAACUGUUUAAUGAUUUUAAAAGUAAUCUGAUAAAUCGCUGUACCAGAUACGAGCCGGAUGGUGAUUUCCCUCAUUUGCAGGAAACAUUGGAUUACUUUAAGACUGCGUUUGAUCAUGAAGAGGCUAAAAAGCAAGGUUGCAUAGUUCCUAAAAAAGGAGUAGAUGCCGAAUAUGAUUCGGUCUUGGCUGAGCUUGCAGAGAACAAGAAAGAUUUAGACAAAUAUUUGGAAAAGCAAAAAAAGCAUUUUGAUGUCAAAAUAACAUUUUACGGGUCAGAUAAGAAACGUUAUCAAAUCGAGGUUCCUGAUUCACAAGUUAAGAAAGUUGGUCCCGGCUAUGAACUGCAGUCACAAAGAAAAGGUUUCAAACGUUAUUAUACUACUGAGGCAAAGGAGCUUUUAGCAAGACAGAUAAAUACAGAAGAGCACCGAGAUAAAGUGCUGAAGGAUCUUAACAGGAGAAUAUUCGCGAAGUUCAGCGAAAAAUAUGAUACAUGGCAUAAAGAUUACAAAGUGGCCAUUAUGGAUGUACUUAUCUCUCUCGCGGAAUACGCUCGAAAUGAUGAUAUGUGUAUACCAGAAAUUCAUGACGGAUUAGAUGGUGAAAUCUUCAUCAAGAUAAGAGAUGGAAAACAUCCUUGUAUUGCAUCCGAUAACUUUAUUCCCAAUGAUACUCUAAUAGCUACUGAUGAUGCUGCCUCCUUUAUGAUCUUGACAGGACCAAACAUGGGAGGCAAGUCAACUCUCAUGCGUCAAGUGGGCUUGAUCACCAUCAUGGCGCAGAUAGGCAGCUACGUUCCAGCCAGUUUGUGUUGCAUAACAUUGGUGGAUCGUAUUUUCACACGUUUGGGUGCCAACGAUGAUAUUUUGACUGGUCAGAGCACAUUCUUGGUAGAACUGAACGAAACUGCUACGAUGUUGCAACACGCUACGUCUUAUUCGUUGGUUCUCCUCGACGAGUUGGGACGUGGCACGUCAACCUAUGACGGUACAGCAAUAGCAGCUGCAGUUGUCGACGCAUUAACAAAGUUAAAGUGUCGCACAUUAUUUUCCACUCAUUAUCAUUCUUUGGUCGAGGAUUACAAAACCAAUAAAGAGGUCACGUUAGCUCAUAUGGCAUGCAUGGUUGAAACAGGAGAAGAAGAAAACGUAUCAGAAGAGACAGUGACGUUUUUAUACAAGCUUAGUGAAGGAGCUUGCCCAAAAUCUUAUGGAUUCAAUGCCGCUCGAUUGGCAGGUGUACCGUCUGUUAUUACAAAGAAAGGGCAUGAGAUAGCCAGUAAGAUAGAACAAGAAACUAAUGACAAACACAUGUUUAUUUCCAUUUGCAAAGCUACUGGUGUUCAAGUAAGAAAUUGCCUUGCUGCUCUCUGUGUCGAAUAAAUUAUUGCACUGUAUUAUGAAUAAAUAUUGAUAUAAUCAUUUAA